AUGCCAGCCUCUCUGGUCGCAGCGUCAAUCUGUCUCGCCCACUUUGUGCUUCCCAGCCUGUCCAUCCCACACCGUCGGACCGUUGCCAGGUUUCGUCGAGUGCACACUUUCGUGUCUCUCUCUCUCUCUCUUUCAGACUGCGGGAUCGGCCGGAGUGAAUUGGACAGUGUUGCCGUCACCUCGCUUGGCCACACGUUAACACCACAUCGUCAGGGUGAGGGAUACCAGUCGGAGGGAGAGUCACACGUGUCUGCUUGUCGGGCGAUACAGUCACACACACGAGCCGUUCUGAGAGCCAGAGGUGCCAAGAGAUUCCGAGGCUUCCAGAUGACGGCAGACGUGUUGACCAAUUGGCCCAGCAACCAAUAA